GUGUUCCGCUCGACGUGCGCGGUCCGGGCGAGUCACCUUGCUGUACGCAGCGGAGCGACAGGAGCGCAGGAGUCCUGCAGAACCCCGAACCAGCACCGCAGACAUGUCAUCUGCAGCGGACACGGCCAGCACCAGGCCCAGCACCAGGCCCAAAACCUCGCCCAAAGCGAUUAAGUUCCUCUUCGGGGGCCUGGCUGGGAUGGGUGCCACAGUGUUUGUGCAGCCGCUGGACCUGGUGAAGAACCGGAUGCAGCUGAGCGGUCAGGGCUCCAAGGCUCGUGAGUACAGGACCAGCUUCCAUGCCGUGGCCAGCAUCCUUCGCAACGAGGGCAUCGGCGGGAUCUACACCGGACUUUCUGCGGGUCUGUUGAGACAGGCUACCUACACCACGACGCGUCUGGGCAUCUACACCGUCCUGUUUGAGCGCAUGUCCAAAGCUGAUGGCACACCUCCCAACUUCUUCAUGAAGGCUUUCAUCGGGAUGACCGCGGGGGCCACGGGGGCCUUCGUUGGGACGCCGGCCGAGGUGGCGCUUAUUCGGAUGACGGCUGACGGCAGGUAGAAGGAUAUAAACACAUCCCAUAUUUGACUCUCUCACACAUUGUUUAUAAUCCCGAAAGUGAGCAAUGAACCAAACACCGAUUGUGGUUGCAUACCCACCAUGGCCAGAGCAGUCGUUGUGAACGCAGCACAACUUGCCUCAUACUCCCAGUCCAAACAAGCACUGCUGGACUCUGGAUAUUUCAGAGAUGAUAUCUUGUGUCACUUCUGUGCCAGUAUGAUCAGUGGACUGGUCACCACUGCUGCCUCCAUGCCAGUGGACAUCGUGAAGACCAGAAUCCAGAACAUGAGAAUGAUUGAUGGGAAGCCGGAGUGCAGGAAUGGUGUGGAGGUGUUGGUGAAGGUCAUAAGGAAGGAAGGAUUCUUCAGUCUGUGGAAGGGUUUUACUCCGUAUUACGCUCGUCUCGGGCCACACACAGUCCUCACCUUCAUCUUCCUGGAGCAGAUGAACAGAUUCUACAAGAUCUAUUUCCUUGACUCCUAGAUCUGCGCUGUAGGUCAUCGGUGGAUGUUUCUCCCAGUACAGCCUCUGUUUCUGAUGGUCGGUGACAGAACCAGCUGGGUGUGUGACUCAGCACAGUUUGGACUCUGAUGUUGCACAGACAGAUGAACUGAGGGAUCAUGUCCCUCGUAGUUUUGAGUGAUAUUUAUGUAAUAAAUGCGCCGCUUUGCAGUGAACACUUGGUGAUGUUUGCUAAUGAUGAGCACAGUUAACUGGGAAUUAAUGGAGAUGAUGUGGUGUGUGAAGGCCAAGACCACACCUGAAGCUAUUUAA